GCCGCCGGGCGCGGAAGCAGCCAUGGUGCGAUUCAAACACAGGUACCUGCUCUGCGAAGUGGUGUCUGAUGACCCCCGCUGCCGCCUGAGUCUGGAGGACCGAGUGCUGGGCGGCCUCAUACGGGACACGAUCGCCCGCGUGCACGGGACUUUCGGCGCGGCCUCCUGCUCCAUCGGCUUCGCGGUGCGAUACCUCAAUGCCUAUACUGGAAUAGUGCUACUUCGAUGCCGGAAGGAAUUCUACCAACUUGUGUGCUCAGCUCUUCCUUUCAUCACAUAUUUGGAAAACAAAGGACACCGUUACCCGUGUUUCCUCAACACCUUACACGUGGGAGGUACAAUUAGAACAUGUCAGAAGUUCCUGAUUCGUUACAACAGGAGACAGCUGUUGAUCUUAUUGCAGAACUGCACUGAUGAAGGAGAACGGGAAGCUAUCCAGAAGUCUGUCACCAGAAGCUGUUUACUAGAGGAGAGGUCAGAUGAGGAGGAGCUUUCAGACAAUGGCGGUGAGGAGGCUGCUGAAGCAAUGGAGUGAACCUCUCUGCAGGCUGUGCUGGGCCUGAGAUUCAGGGCCCACUUGUUGGAACAGGACAUUCUGGAAGGCAGCAGCAUCUGCUAGUUUGCCAAAAUGGAUGACUGCGGACCAGAGGCCAAGGUAUCAGCUCAAAAUGGAGGACUUGUUCACUUAAACUGAAGUCACCUUUACCUAGCGCUGCCUAAGUGGUUCUGCAGGUGGUGAACCCCCAGUAGUUACAGACGUCUCUAUCUAAUUGCCUGGCUGAGCAGGUUUAAUAAAAGUACUUGGCAAGGCGCCUGGGUGGCUCAGUCCGUU